CAUCGUUUCGACUACGAAACGCCGAUUGAGGAGACUACGCAAGCCUUACACGUUAUCGUGAAAGCUAUAUACGUUCGUAACAUUGGCAUGAGCCCGUGCUGGCCUUAUCAGUACCAUGCGAUCAACCAAAACAUCACGCCGUUCGUCUCUGUGCAGAAUCAUUACAGCUCGCUCUAUCGCGAUGAGGAGCGCGAGAUGUUCCCGACGCUCAAGCACUUCGAUGCCGACUCGAUCCCGUGGUCUCCUCUCGGGCGCGGAUUGCUCGCUCGUCACAUCGACGGCAAGACUCUUAGGCCGAAGACUGACGGGUGCAUUCCGUCACGUCUGUCUUGGCGUACAGAUGAGCUGACAGCACUCCUCUGCAGGGUCGAGGAGCUCGCGGAGAAGGGCGUAAGCAUGGCCCAGAUCUCGACGGCCUGGAUCAUGAACAAGCCUGGCAUCACCGCGCCCAUCAUCGGGACGACGAGCCCGAGGAACCUCGCAGAUAUCCUUGGUGCUCUUGACGUACAACUCACGAAGGACGGGAUGAAGCACCUGGAAGACCCGUACCAAUCGCUGAAGGUCCUGGGCCAUGCCCGAUGCUUCGAUGUAAUUCCUCCAUAA